AAAACAUGUUGCCCGACCUUGUGUAGUGUUUUUAGUGCUGCACGUGUCUUAUUCUAACAUUUUUUGAACAUAACAAGUGUGCACACAACGUCUGCAAAUGGGUAAAUUUCGCUCGAAGUUGAAACGCCAUGGCAAGGGCAAGAACUGGAGCAAGGGCCAGUCAGCCGUAUCGAAUCCGGACCAAAUGAAACAUCGCUUAAAAGCAAAGUCGCGUUUCUUUCAGCCAAAUUUGAAUCUGGCUGCAUCGGGCUCUGCCAAUGGACUCACCAUGGAGGCCGUGCACAAACACGAACAGCGUCAGGCGUACAAUGCGGAGACGACAACUGUCAACGAUGUGGCCGGCAGUUUGAUGUCCUUUACGCUGGACGAUGAUGAUGGCAUGUCGGGCACUGGCAUCGGCAACGGCACACAGCCCGCCGGCACAUUCAAGACCUUUCAGACAUUUGCCUCGAACUACACCAGCUGCAGCAACAUGAGUUUCAAGAAACUGCUCACCGGCUUUCGGGCAUCCUCCGAUUUGCACAAGGAGAUGCUGGCCAUUUUGAGCGCAUUGACGGAAAUAAUACGUGAACGUGGCGGCAACGAAUCAUCCACCGAAUACUUUCUGCUCCUCGUCAGUCAAAUCGAAGCAGCCACAGAAGAGCGCGACAUCAUUGCCGGCGUUGCGCUCCUCUCGAUGGGCAUCAAGUCUGUGCCAGCACCAGUGCUGCGCAAACGAUUCGAUAAGACAGCGGCCACAAUUCAGCAGCUGCUGCAGCGUUUCAUUGAUUCCAGCAGUCAAUCUGUUAUACGCUAUCUGAUUGGCUGCUUGUCGGUGCUGUUGCGCGCCCAGGACUAUGUGACCUGGUCCUACAGUUCCACAUUUCAGUACUUUGAUGCGCUGCUCGCUUUCAGCAUUCACUCUAGACCCAAAAUACGUAGGGCAGCACAACAUGCGGUCGUCUCUAUCAUUCAUGGCAGCUGCUUCAUGAUGCCACCACAACCAGUUGCUAACGACGAGGAUGAUGAUGAUGAUAAUGAUAAAGAUAGUGAUAAGAAUAAAGAGCAGCAGACGCAGCAGCAUCAACAGCCAAAGAGCCAUCCGGCCAGCAGUCGUGUGACGAAAUUCUGUUUGGCCCAAUUCAAGCCGGAGGUGCUGGCUAAUCAACAGACGACCGUAUUGCAUACGUUGGCCUUGCUCAAGGAUACGCUGGCCGGCUUUCGCACUGAGGACAUACGCAACGUUUGUGAGCAUUUGCUGUCCAUAAUGACAGCGGCGAAUGUGCUUGUCCGGACCAAUUGCUUUCAAGCGCUGCAUGCUCUCUUUCUCACGCGCAGCUCGAAUUUGAAUGCAACGUUGUGCGCCAAACUACUGGCAGCCAUACACGAGUAUCGUCCUGAUCGCAGCGAUGUCCGUCAAACGCUUGCCUGGAUCACGGUGCUCAAGGAGGGCCAUCUACAUUUGGCCACGCUACAGCUCGAUUUGUGUAUGCAGGCGCUGCCACGACUCUUUGAUGUGUGCACCACCGAUCUGUGGAUGUCGGAGCGCGGCGAACUUGUUGUCGGUGUGUCCAAUUGCAUUAAGGAGCUGCUGCAGGAUUGUGUGGCGCGUGCCUGUGCCACCGAGCAACUGGCCGAUCAGCAUCGUCAAUCGGUUACACGCAUUAUUGGCUCACUGCACAAGGUGCUCAAUGCACCGUUCGGCGAGAUCUCCAAAUAUGUUAUACUCAUAUUCUCCAUUGUCUUCGAGGCAUGCGGCAGACACUUUGGAGCGGAGCUGAAUCCAUCGCUGGCGACAAUUGGUAAACGCUAUGAGAGCCAGGGCGCGUUACGUCUGCAGAUUGAGCACACACUGAUUAGUGCCAUUAAGGCGCUGGGGCCGGAGCUGGUGCUGAGAGCGAUACCUUUGAACGAGUCUGGCGGCGGUGUGUGCUUGGAGCGCUCCUGGCUCUUGCCGCUGAUGCGUGAGGGCGCCAAUGGGGCGAGCCUGCAGUUUUUCAAGGAGUAUGUAGUCCCACUGGUACUGAAUAGUUUGGCCAAUUGGCGCAAGUAUGGCACCGAGGAGAAGGACAGCAACAAGGCACAUAUCUACGAGCUAUUGUGCUGCCAACUGUGGGGUCUGUUUCCGGGCUUCUGUCGCCAGCCCCGCGAUCCGGAAUAUUUGCGCAAUUUGGCGCCAACAUUGGGCGAUGCCCUGCAAAACAAUCCCGAGUUUCGUGCACCCAUCUACGAUGGCCUGCUCGAGCUGCUCGACGAGAGUCAGAGUGAUGAAUGCCAUGCGGCAAUUGGCCAAUAUGCACGUAAUUUUCUGCCGCGUCUCUUCAACAUCUACAUACAGAAACCAACCGGCAGCUAUGAGGCCGAUCAGCGUAAACGUGCUCUCGACGUCAUACGUCUAUAUAUAGCGCGUGCGCCGGCCGAUGUUCAGGCGCAGCUCUUCGAGAGCGCCCAGAGUAUGUUGGCGGGCAGCGCUUUGGCCAGUUUCGAGUACGAUGCCUACUUUGACAUCAAUGCGGCAAUUGUGCGCGUUCAAAAAUGUCGCGGCAUCGAGGCAUAUUUCGAGAAAUAUAUGGCGCCUGUGUUACGCAACGAUAAGUCCAAGCUGGUCGCCCGCGAUGAGCAAAAGAUGAAGAAACAACAGCGCAAGACCUACGAGUUGCUGCGAGAGCUGAUGACUUCCGAUCAGCCCUCAUGCCAGAAGUUUACGCGCAAAAAUUGCCUGGCAUUACAGCAGAUACUAUUGGAGGCCUUCAACACUACGUGCAGCGUCUGUCAGGCAUCACGUCUGCAUUGUCUCAAAUCGCUGCUGGACUGCCGCAGCAAUUUGGCGUACAACGAUCAGCUGGUAAUGAAGGCCAUACCGGAGGCAGUGCUCAAUUAUAAGGAGUUCUCGACGCGCAAGGAGCAGGUGGCCGAACAUCUAAUCAAACUGAUUGCCAAUCUGUAUCAGGAGGCGGGCAAAAUCAAUGAAUUUGUUGACAUCCUGACCGCCGGCUUCACCGGCGAUGAAUCGCUGAUAACCAACACAAUUCUCGCCUUUCGUGCGGUGCUGCAGCAACAGGGCCAAUAUCUAACAGUGAGCACAUUGGAGUUUGUGCUGCAACAGGUAUCUGUGUUUCUGGUGCAGAAGUCACGACACCAGGCCGAAGCAGCCGUCGCCUUUCUCAUCACAUUCAUCAAGGUGAUGCCCAUACCUCUGGUGGCCAAUCACCUGGAGACGAUUAUGCGUUCGCUAUCGGCGAUGACAAAGGACACGAAACGCUAUUGUCGCAUACAAAUUGGCUACUUCCUAAAGAAGCUGUGCAAACGCUUCACCACAGAGGAACUGGCACGCUUUGUGCCUGGCGACGAUGAGGUCACGCAUCGCCGGCUCAAAAAGAUACGCAAGCAGAUGCGACGCGACACUCGCAAAAAACAAAGCGAGGAGGCACAGGCAGAGAGCUCCGACGAGGAGCUGGUCGGUGAUCUCGAGCAGAAGACCUACACCAUCGAUGACAUUUUGGCCGAUUCGGAUUCCGAUUUGCCAGAGGAUAUGGAGGAAAUGGACGAGGAUGGCUCGGCGACCAAGAAACGUGCAGCCAAAUCAAAAUCAAAGUCCAAGCAAGCGCGCAGCACGUACAUACGUGAGGAUGCCGAUGAGAUUGUCGACUUGGCCGAUCUCAAGUCCAUUGGCAAUGUGCUCACAAGUGGCUCGGCUACUGCAACUGCCACGGCAAGCGGUAAACCGCAGUCCAAAGCCAAGCCACAGCUGGUCAAUGGUGGCUUCAAGACGGCCGACGAUGGUCGUCUUAUCAUUAGCGAUAAGGCGCUACGAGGUCAGGGAAAAAAUAAUGAUGAUGAUGAUGGCUCCGAUAGCGAAGACGCAUCGGUGGAUAGCGGUCAUGAGCCAGGUAAUAAUGGCAAUGCCAAGCGUGGCAUGGAGGAUGACUCCAGCGAUGAGGAGGAACUGCAUCAGGCAACUAGCGCCAAGCGCAAGCGUCAGUCUAGCGAUGCAUUAAGCAUGCGCUCGGGCAAAACGAAUGCCAGCACACGCAAGGGAAUACAUCGUCCUCUUGGUGGCGCCGCAACACCAGCCACAGCCACUGAUGCCAUGUCUAUGAAAUCCGGCGGCGGCGGAGGUGGACACUCAAAGCAAGCGGGCAGCGAGUACAGCAGCAAAAAGGCCAAGGGCGACAUGAAGCAGCGCGGCAAACUGGAUCCCUACGCCUACAUACCGCUCACAAGGAAUACCCUAAACAAGCGCAAACGUGCCAUGAACUCACGCAAAUUCAAGAGCGUUGUCCGCGGCGCUGGAUCUGGAGCUGGCGACACAUCAACAGGCGGUGGAACAUCACGUGGUCGUGGCCGUGUUGGCAAGAGCUACAAGUAGUGCGACGGCAAUUAAGCGGCAUCAUAAAGAUAAUUUGGAUAACUACUUUGUAUAAUUUGCUGUUAUUUUGCUUAACUAUAUAUAUAUAUUAACUAUAUAUAUAAAUAUGUUUAUAUGCUGUAUAAACUUAAAUGAAUGUUUGCGCAUGCACAAUUGUAACUGGGGAUUGUAACUCGAUGAACCUGAAUAUAUAAACAUAAUAUAUGCAAGAUGUAUUCUAUGAA